AUGGAUGGGUGCGAUGCAUGGAAUGGAAUUACCUUUGUGGUAGAGAGAUCGCAAGAUAGACCGAUUCGCCGGGCGGGGAUUCCCUCUCCCAGGUACGACACGGUCGGACUGGCCGUCACCUGGUUCACGAGGAUCAAACGCGAGAACCCUAGUCUGUGCAGGGCGGCAAGGCCUCGGUUCAGCGGCUCUAUUCCAAGGCAGUUCGCCCAGCUGCGCAUAAUCCCGCGUCAAGACCUUGAAAGCCGAGCGGACGACUCGUGGUCGGUGAAAAGUAACCGCAAAUAUGCGGAAUCAACAAUCUCAAGAGAUGAGAGUUGA